UGCCUGCCCUUGGCACUAGCCUCGGUUUUCUUCAGAGAACAGAAUCCUGGGGAGCGCAGAGAGGGAGCUCCCUGCUUGGGAGCUGGAGCGCCCGGUGUCCUGCCGUCCUCACUACGGACUGCGGACUGCGGUGUCCUGUGGUCUUGCGUGACCCGGCGCGUACCCGUCCUGCCAGGCGUCGGUCCCAGAGCCCAUGAGCCUCCUUCGCCUGGCGUCUGUCGCACUCUCCGCACCACACACCCCGCUCCGGCUGCUCGCGAGAGGGCUGGCCGCCAUGGCGGAGCCGCUUAAGUCUGUGGACUACGAAGUGUUCGGGACAGUGCAAGGUGUUUGCUUCAGAAUGUAUACAGAAGGAGAAGCUAAGAAAAGAGGUCUGGUUGGCUGGGUGAAGAAUACAAGCAAAGGCACAGUGACAGGUCAAGUUCAAGGCCCUGAAGAAAAGGUCAAUUCCAUGUACUUUUUCAGGAAUACAGAGGCUGCAUUUACUGCUCCAUUGCUGCCUCCAUUUCUUCCUGAGGAAGUCCUGGCUGAGCAAGGUUGGGAGUCCUAGUUCUCGCAUCGACCGGGCCGACUUUUCUAACGAAAAAACAAUCUCUAAACUGGAAUACUCUAAUUUUAGUAUUCGAUAUUAAUAAAAGAAAACGAUCAGUUGCAAUGCUUAUAUUAUAGAAGAUAAAACAUAUUCUUAGGUUUAUAAUAGUAGGAAAGUAGGAUUAAAAAUGGAAAGGUUUUGUUCUGGAAUUAUACAUUACUGAAAUGUCUGAAACUGAAAAACUUUACUCACCUAUGUUUUAGCAAGCAGAAACUAAAUAUUAUAAAAUAAAAUGUCAUUAUAAAUUAUCUAAUAUGAACAUUCAAGUUAAAUAUUGUCUUAUGGAGUCAUUUAUUUCAGAAAAUAUUACAGUAUAUGUUACUUUAUAUUACAUUAUAUAUGUUAUUUGGCUAGACAUAAAAUAAAAUUAACCAUGUAAAAUUACCUAUGGAUACUGUUGCCUAAUUGACUUUUAAAGUCCUCUGAAUAAUAACUUACUAUUAAGGUUGAGUGAUUAGCCUUAAAAAUUGUUAAAAUAAAUUCACGUGAUGAUCACCAUAACCAGAAAGUACUAGCAAUAGACAGUUAGUGUGUAAACUUCUCCUUAAACUCAAGCCUGGUUCAGUACAAAGUUGGACUUACUAUCCUUGACUUCAUUGUUCUGUAGUCUGAAGAGUGUUGUUGUAAAAAUAUAAAAAAUAAAAGAGUAUUGGUGUCUUUUA